GAUGAACUACCAAUUUCUUUAUUUAGUAGUAGUAUACUGAUAAUGUAAAUAACGGGGUAUCAAAAUAUUGAUGUUUCUGUUUCAUGAUCCUUUUUAAAAUAAUUAUCGGAGUCUAAAUUACCAUGUCGGAGUCUGCAAGCCAGCAAGUACCAGGGCUAAAUCUUAAUAAAGUGUUUAAAAUCAUAGUUUUAGGCGAUUCGGGCGUGGGAAAAACUUGUCUUACAUACCGUUUCUGCGAGGGUCAAUUUUUAGAUAAAUCUGAGGCCACUAUCGGUGUCGACUUCAGGGAGCGAAUUGUUCGCAUAAACAAUGAAAACAUAAGGCUUCAACUCUGGGACACGGCGGGCCAGGAACGCUUCCGCAAGUCCAUGGUGCAGCAUUACUACCGGAACGUACAUGCUGUAGUCAUCGUGUAUGAUGUCACCAAACCAGAAACAUUCCAUUCCAUUGCAAGCUGGAUGUUAGAGGUAGAGAGCCACGGGCUCAUGAAGUCACCCCGGGUGCUGGUAGGCAAUAAGUGCGACUGCGGCACGGCCGAAUCGCGUCUCGCCACCACAUACGCGCAGCGGCUCGCCGACAAGUAUGGGAUGCCGCUUUUCGAGACAUCAGCUCUUCUCGAUGCUGAAUGCGGGACCGUCGAGUCAAUCUUCAUGACGCUGGCUCACAAACUGUACUCUAAACAGCCUCUCAGGGUCAUCAGUGUCCAGGGCGAAAACGGGCCGGGAACUGUAAACCUAGCACGCAAGAAACCGCGCACCACUCCGCCCAACGAGAGCUGUCUUUGCAGCUAAACCACAAGUCCAUCCACUAUGCUGUUAGAGACGUAUGUCUAAUUGGUUCCUUUUUAAACACGACAAAACAUCUUUAACCCUUUACCAGGCUAAGGGAUAUAUAUUUCCCACAUACAGCACUUCAAAUUUGUGUUCUAUUUUCGAUUAGUAAGACUGACAUUCGAUUGUCAUUUUUCUAAUGUCAGCCAGUAAAGGGUUAAAUAAAUAUCUUUAAUUUGAAGAACACAGGCUUCAUAGUUGUUAGUAUCAGACAACUUUAAAACCCAAAAUAAGGGUUUUUUGAAAACAUAGAGAUUUUUAAAAUUCUUUGAAAGUCACGCCUAUCGUGUGCGGCAUCGUGAACCUUGCUAGAAUGCACGAAGGUUGAUUUUGGGCUGCAGCCGCGCGCGUCUGUUGACGUGUUUGACGGUCACAGGCGGUUUGGCGGUCAAAAUCAAAAUGGUACAGGUUUUUAACUGUUUGAAAGCCACGCCUAUCGUGCCCGGCAUCGUGAACCUUGCUAGAAUGCACGAAGGUUGAUUGUGGGCUGCAGCCGCGCGCGUCUGUUGACGUGUUUGACGGUCACAGGCGGUUUGGCGGUCAAAAUCAAAAUGGUACAGGUUUUUAACUGUUUGAAAGCCACGCCUAUCGUGCCCGGCAUCGUGAACCUUGCUAGAAUGCACGAAGGUUGAUUGUGGGCUGCAGCCGCGCGCGUCUUUUGACGUUUUUGGCGGUCACAGGCGAUAUGGCGGUCAAAAUAAGGAUUCUUUAAAAAGGUACAGGUUUAAUGGGGCCCGCUGACUAACACAGUCCGCCGACCGGAAUCUGCCUGUAAGUUGUUCGAAGCUGUCAAAAUUUUGUUCGAACUGACAGGCCGAUACCGUCCGGCGGACUGUUAAUCAGUGGGCCCCUUAAGGGUCGGUAAUGCAUAUGGAUAUGUACGAAUACCCCUGGAAUUGGCAUACGUAGGGUUGAUUGUAGUUUCCCGCGGACCGCUAACAUGGUAUUAAGGUGACCACUGACAAGCCUUCCAACAGUCCAAAUAGCGUGGCUGCAAUCCAAAAUCGGUCCGUGAAUGUCAAAAACGUACAACGUUUAAUAUUAGGAUGCCGUCCAUUUGGAUGAAUCCAUUGUAACGGCAUCCAUUUGGAAGGCUCGUCAGUGGCCUGCUUAAUACCACACAGGGGUACAAAUUAAUUUCUUAAGUUGAAGACCCUGUUGCACCGACCACUAUUGACGGAAUGAUUAACAGUAGAUAUAAAUGAAAAACGAUUUUAAAUUAGUAUUCAUCAAAACAUGAAUACCUGUAUAGCAUAGAGGUAUAUAUUAUGAGGUGCCAAAAUAAUAUGAACGAAUAUAAUAAUUCUUAUUAUAGCUACACCUAACUAUUUAUGACAAGAAUUGUCAGGUCGGGGUGGUAUUCCAUCUGUCCAAUGUGUAUUGAGUCUCACAUUUUGCUUAAUGAGAGAGUGAGACGCAAUGACAUUGGACAAAGGAACUGGACAGGUGGAAUAAUACCACCCUUAGUGAUGUUGUCUAUGAAAUGCUCUCUUGGUGGAUGGUGGAUCGUUAGAAGCAUGCAGGGUCCUAAUAGUGCUAGAUAUUUAUGGGGUCAAAAUCGCUGCAGACUUUUCUUGGUCUAACUCUAUAAAUAAAACGCCAACCAUGCAAUAACUGCUUUAGUAGAUACUCUGACAUGUAAUCAUAAGAUGUGCCUUUCAAAAUAAGUGAACAAAAGUUUGAACUGCCAAAGAUCUUCAAAUAGGAGAGAGAACAUGUAGGAAGUGGCCGAAGUGGUCCGAUCUUGCGGUAGAUAUUGAAUAAUUAUGUGUCAGCGCCAUCUAGUGAAAAAACGGCAAUUAAAUAUCAAUGCCAGUGAAUGACAAUUCAUAUAAUAGGGAUGUACAUAUUGUACAAAUGAUUAUUGAAUUUGUCUUAAAAAAGACAUAUAGUAACAUACUACAUGAAUAGCUUUAUAGCCCUAUUCAAUUUAUUCAUACCAUCAUAAAAUUUAAUUAUGCAUUUUAUUUGUAAAAAAACUUGAUAUAAGUUGAAUGUAUACAUCUGUUUUAUAGGGUUAAUAAAAUUUAAAUCAAAUUGGCAUAUGUCAAUUGUAUUACUUAUUUUAUAAUUGUAUUUUAGAAAUAAACCAAAAUGUUAUUUAUUUUCAGAUUUAAUUGUGAGAAAUAAAAUUAUAACAAAAGU